GCCCUGAUAAAGGCUCAACCCUCGAAUCUCCGCCCUGGAGACAUGUGAGCUCCUUCAUGACUCUCAGUCUUUUCAUCAUGAUUCUGGCACCACGACAAUGUGUCUUCCUGACCGCAGCAGGCUGCAUCCUCUUGAUUGUUGUCACCUUGUAUCGAUACUCCCCGAUCGCGUCCGAUAGAAAGCCAGAACAGUCAGCUUCAUCCUCGUCUCCUGCUUCACCGACUCGCAACGCAAGCAACUCGACAUUAGGUUUCCAAGCAAUCUUCGCCCUCUCCGCCGGCCCCUCCUGGCGCACACGAGGCCUCCUCGCCGCCGCCAACCUGACCGGACUAGAAAUCACCCUGCCGCCACAGCCCCCCAUCCCCGCCGACUUAGUCACCGCAUUCCAGGCCCUAGGCGACAGCGUGCAUCCAACCCGCGGCGCCAGCAAAGCCUGGCUCGCGCACCUCGACCUAAUCAAACACAUCCACCAAUCGAAUCUGGACACCGCUUUAAUCCUCGAAGACGACGUCGACUGGGACAGACGUCUCCGUGCCCAAAUUCCCCUCAUCGCCGCCGCGGUCCGCAACCUCACGCACUUCUCGCCCACCGAGGACAACAACGACGCCCCCUACGGCCGGGCCUGGGACCUCCUCUGGCUCGGCCACUGCGGCGAGUACUGGGAGGAGGGCAUCGAAACGGUGGUCUUCGACGACCCCACGGCCAUUCCGCACGCGCAGUACUCCGGCUGGGCGAGGGGGUAUCUCGCGCGGUUGCCGGACCGCCGGCGGGCGGUGUAUCGGUCGUACAACCCGGUGUGCUCGUUCGCGUACGCGCUGUCGCGCGACGGGGCGCGGAAGUUGCUCGAGCUGGUGGGUGGCGGUGGGGACGAGGCGUUUGAUAUCGCGGUCAUGCAUCACUGUCGUGCCGGACGGCUGGAGUGUCUGUCCGUCGUGCCGGAGGUGGUGCAUCAGUAUUUCCCGGCGGAGCGGUUCGGGGUUAAGAGUUUGGUGGAUGUGGGGAAUGGGGAGGGGGAUGGGUCAAGGGAGGAGGACUUUGAGGCGGUGAUGGGGUCGACGGAGAAUAUUCUGGAGAGUGCUAGGUGUUGGGCUUUGUGGCGGCAGACGUGUUUGAGGGAGUAGAUUUUGGGCGGUGGGAAUAGAGUGUUCUAUGUUAUGUGGGAUGUGGGAUGUGGAUAUAUGCUGUUGGGUGUGGGGAAAAGACGGGUCCAAUCCGCGGGUGUUUUGUUUAUACGGCAACUGGCACCUCUCGGAGUUGCCCUUCGAUAAAUUUGUGCGAGCAGCGCUGCGCCAUUAAUCUUGCGGGCUAAUAUUGGCUGCAUAAUACCUAUUUGAUAUAACUGUUGAGAGUGGAACGGGUGUUCUGGAUGCUGGAUCUUGUCGACGAAAUGCCCCAACGGGAAGCGAGAUAUAUGUAUAGACCUCCGGAGUUAUGACCACCGAUUGGCAACAACCAACAAGAAGAUUUCUCUGCAGUUCUCUGCAGAAUUGGACACUUUCUGUACAGCCAAACAAGACUUUGGCAAUUAUUGACAGGUUUC